UCGAACAUUGCGAUUAGCAAGGUAUUGAGUAUAGAGAUGUACAAACUAUAGACUACAGGUCGUUGAGGCUUGAACAACCAUUUAUUCAUAGCCGUUUUUUAAAUAUUAUAUUAGUAUUUCUACUAUUACUUUUCUUGACUUUAACACAUUCAUAUUGUACAGUUUUGUAUGCUAGUCAAACUAACUUUAACUCGUUAAAGUAUACUUAACAUUUUUUUUUUUUUUUUAAUUGUAAUAUGUUUAAUACACCACGUUUAAAGAAAGAAUUAAAUCAAUUAAUAAGCAAGCCUCCAACUGGAAUACAAGUAAAUAUUAAAGAAGGUUCUUCAUCAAUUUUAGAAGCUAAACUCAAUGGUCCAGUGGACUCGCCGUAUGAAAAUGGGGUGUUUAAAUUACAGCUGGAAUUGCCACAGAGAUAUCCAUUUGAGCCACCUAGAGUUACUUUUGUAACACCUAUUUAUCAUCCAAAUAUAGAUACUACUGGAAGAAUUUGUUUGGAUAUAUUGAAGAUGCCUCCCACUGGUGCUUGGAAGCCACUUAUAACAUUAGAAGGUGUAAUAGUUGCUAUUUGCAAUUUGAUGUGCUGCCCCAAUCCUAACGAUCCACUUAUGCCUGAUAUUGCAAAAGAGUUCAGGACAGAUAAGGAGACUUUUGAAUUGAAAGCCAAAAAACAAACCACACAAUAUGCUAUUGAAAAAAGUGACUAAGCAAGUAUAAUUUAAAGUAUCCAUACCAUAUUAAAUCCAUGUUAAUUUAGAAUGAAAAUCUGUUUUUAAUGUUUUUAUACUUAUAUUAAUUUGUUAAAUACUUAUACUUGUACUUAUAAUUUUUUUACAAAUACAUUUUUAUA